AUGGGUAAAGGCACCGCCACCAGCACCAAGACUCCUGACGCAGAGGUGGUGUUCUUCCUGCAUGCUUCGGAUGAGAGCCUCGUGAGGGAGAAAUGGCUGCCGCCGCUGUUGAGAGCUUCGGCGAACUUCUUAUGCCCAAAAGGCUACAAGCCGCAGAUUUGCGAGGACUCCAUCCACCUGUCAUUGCCGAUGCUUCGGGUGGGCCUUCACUUUGCGCCCGCCUUGAGCUUGGCCCAAGCAAAGGCUUUGGCAAAGCAACAGCCACAGUCGUGGAGAAGCUUCCAAUGUUCCUUCGUUGAACAACGGGUGCACUUUGUGGCGAAACAGCCUGGCACCACCAAGAUGACCAUUCGAUUAUUGAAGUGGUGGCGUGACCAACAGGCUUGGUCAGCCCCGAUCAACGAACCUUCAGAUGAGAUCCUGGAGCUGGUGGCCAUCCAUUCGUCACAGCAGUCGAAGCCGGCAGAUCAGCCCUCAGCCAUCUCCAAAGUAAUGUCGCUUCUGUCACGUUUCGAAGAGCUCAAGAUCACCUGGAGCAACUUCUACACUCAGGCGGAGAUUUGGGAGCCUUUGCUGGCCCAGCGGCCAUUGCUUAUGGAUCCCGUGAUCUCAUGCGCCAACCUGGCAGAUCCAAAGGCAUUCAAUCCCCAGGAGCUGAUGAUGCAUGCCAGAUCUUUCCGCUGCCUCUGA